GUUGUAUUGAUCUAUGUAUCACUAGAGAUAGGAAAAGCGCUUGCUGCUAUGACAAUGGCUAUCGUCACUGUUCUCUAUGAUCGAGACAAGGACUGUGCUGUAAGCGAAUGCAGUACAUUCAAUUUCUCGCCGGUAGAGCGAUUCCGGUUCUUCUGGUUUCUCACCUCUAAAGCUGCUCUGGGAAUGUUCCUUUGCUUAGUAGCCAUGGCACACUCACCGCAGCUUCGCGACUACAACGCUGAAGACGAUACGGUCCCAUUGAAUUUCUGA